CUGCACUACGGGACCCUCAUGGGCAGCAGAGCUUGUGUCAAAAUGGCAGGAGGAGCCUGGGCCAGUGGUUUUCUCUAUGCUCUCCUGCACAUGGCUAACACAUUUUCCAUACCACUCUGCCAAGGCAACACCGUGGACCAGUUCUUCUGUGAAAUCCCCCAGAUCCUCAAGCUCUCCUGCUCAGAAUCCUACCUCAGGGAACUUGGGGUUCUUGUGGUUAGUGGCUGUUUAGUCUUUGGGUGUUUCAUUUUCAUUGUGGUGUCCUACGUGCAGAUCUUCACUGCUGUGCUGAGGAUCCCCUCUGAGCAGGGCCGGCACAAAGCCUUUUCCAUGUGCCUCCCGCACCUGGCCGUGGUCUCCCUGUUUGUCAGCACUGCAAUGUUUGCCUACCUGAAGCCCCCCUCCCUCUCCUCCCCAUCUCUGGAUCUGAUGGUGGCUGUUCUGUAUGCGGUGGUGCCUCCAUCUGUCCUUUCUUCAGAAGAUGGAGUCAAAAAUAUACCCAAGGGAUUGCUCCAGGAGAUCCCCAAGAGAGCUCAGGGGAUCUCCAGGGACAGUGUGUGCAUGGGGAUGGGCAGUGAGUGGAGCCUCACAAAGCUCAUGAAUGAGGCAGAACAACAGAUGCACCAGGACAGGCAGAGACCUGACGGGCAGAGGAGUGACCCCGAGGACAAGGCCAUGGACAUUACAAGCAAUGCCAUAUGA